UGUUUUGUUUUGGAUUAUCUCCACAUUACCUUACGUCACUGUAACUACUAAGAUUUUGUCACAGUUGACAGCUCCUCCCAUAAGCUAAUGCUUUGUCCUGGUAUUGAAAUCCACAUAAUGCUCUGGUUACUUAAACAAAGCAAGCAAUUAUAAGAAAGUAUCUGCUGGAUCAAAUACAAAGAACAAGUUUUCCCACAAAGUUAACACUGAACUCCUGUUAAUAGAAAAGAAUGUAGGACAACCCACGCAGAGGGAAGAGUAGAAGACCAGAUAUGACCAGCUUGUACAAAGGAUGAAUUCUUAGUCUGUGCUCUGCUGUCUGAACAGAUCAUACCUGCACACAAAACUUUAACAAAAGUCAUCAUGGAAAUUGGGACAGACAAGGACGUGUCCAAUGACCAAGUACAAGACGUGUCGGUGAAACUUCCUCAGCCUGAAGCCUGGAAGAAAGGGGGUCGGCUACUGUCUGGGCUUAUAGGCUCCAAUGUGCUACUUGUAAGCUGUGCUUUACUAACCUGUGUGUACACUGAGGAUGUUGCAGUCUAUGAGGUUGACUUUCUUAUAAUCCUGUCUGUCAUGAUGGUCAUCUGUACUCUGUGGAUGUUCUUCCAAAUGUACUUCACAUGGAAGUACAAAAAUGCAAUUCUGUAUAAGGAUUGCGAAGCAGGACCAAUAUGGAUGAGAGUGGGAAUCGUUCUUUUUGGCGUUGGCACCCUUGUUAUGGCUUUAAUGAAGAUUGCAAAUUCAGCUAAGUACCUGGACUGUAUAACACCCAUGAAAAUCAUCCAGCCAGUCAUACAGGCCUUUUUUAUCAUUGUGCAGACAUUUUUCCUUUGUUUGUCCUGCAAACAUUGUGUCCAAAUCUAUAUAAAUCCAACCAGGUGCUUUCUGAUGAUUCUGCUGACGCUUAAUCUGAUCAUCUGGGUCACUGCAGUUACUGAAGAAUCCAGAAAUCACACUUUAGAAUUACAGAAGUAUCUAGAGAGAAAUUUUUCCAGUGAAAGUAGCAAGAACUCCACUGAAGAUGAAGAGGAAAAAGAAGAUGAGAAUAUAUGUGGGUGCGUGACUGAGUGUAAAUCCAAAACAGAUGUGUAUACUUACCUGUACCCCUUCAACAUUGAGUACAAUCUCUUUGCUGCAGCCAUGAUUUAUAUCAUGUGGAAGAACGUAGGGCGUCAGAUUGAUGAAAAUGCUUCUGACCACCAUGGAUUAGGGCCAGGAGUCCUAAAACAUAUCCCCCUUCUUGGACUUGUAUCUGGACUCUCUGUUCUGAUUAUUGGCCUUGUGAUGUUUAUCCUGUAUGAAAUUGGAAGACAAGACAAUCUCAAGCACUGGCUCUCACUGACGGUCUUUUACUUCUUUCAUGUGGUCAGCCUUGUACUCAUGUGUCUGGCCAAUAUAGUUGGGAUUGUCAUCUUCAGGCUGGAUAAGAGGAAUAUGGACAAACAGAAGAAUCCGAGCCGUUCACUAGAUGUGGCUCUAUUACUUGGAGCAACAUUAGGCCAGUAUGGAAUAUCCUAUUACUCCAUUAUUGCCACGUUAUCUAGCCAACCCUUCAGCCUCUUGUGUGGUUUAACACUCUCCUACUCUAUUCUGAUGAUUAUACAGCACUCUCUUCAAAAUGUUUUUAUCAUCGAAGGCCUACACCGUCUUCCACCCAAUAACUUACUCAUUGCACACGACAGUCCAGCUACCCCAAAGCCUGUAAGACAGCAUGAAGGCAUGAAGCAAGUCGUUGUGCAAGAGAAGGACAGUGUACGUUCCCUUACAGGUCCUCCUAAGAAUGGAAAUCGUAGAAUGUCAAGGAGACAAACCCUGACUAUGAACAUCAAAAGUCAUCUCAAGAAAAGAAAAACAAUGAAAGAUGUGUAUUUGUUUCUUUUCCUCUGCAACAUUAUUUUCUGGAUUAUGCCAGCCUUUGGAGCUCGGAUCCGGUUUGACAAUGGCUUAGAAGUAACUUUUUUCGGUUUCACGAUAUGGGCCAUAAUUACCAACGUCUGCCUUCCUUUUGGGAUUUUUUAUCGAAUGCAUGCAGCUGCAAGCUUACUAGAACUUUACAGCAUGGCAUAGAAGACUUGUUGCACGCUUGGCUCACUGAGAUACAAGAAGCUUGUGGAUUAACAUAACUACUCUUUUGUAACAAAUAAGGGAAAGAACCGUGGGGUUAAAACAAUCACCUGUACAGAUCAAGAUCGUUUACAAACAAGCAAACUGCAACUCUGGACCUUUUUUUAUUUUAUAUAUAUAUAUAUAUAUAUAUAUAUAUAAUUAUUUAGUCUUUGGGAUAUUUUGCUUGGUAAUGGAAGUUUGCAGGAUUGCUCUAGAGCGGAAUUUCUCCACAAUCAAUUUUUUUAAAAAGAUUUCUUCUAUUAGGUCCAGUCAAUACAGCAAAGUUACAUUAGCUUAGGUAUGAACAGUCUCUACAUUUUAUUUUAGGAGUAGGGGACUCAAAGAUAUGGUGCACAAAAUAGAUUAUGCAUUUACAGUAAGUAUGGUAGCAAUUGUAAAAGUGCCAUACAGGGCCAUCAACACAAAAUGGUAAUUUUAGAGUUGGAUGCAAGCGCAUUGCGGGCCUGAUUCAGAUUGGAAUACAAUUUCUUAUAAGUAGCAGAAUUUGCAAUCCAUGAGAAUACAUGCUGGGGGCUGCCCAUCGGAUCCAUAGCCUGAGGAAAGGAAACUGAAACGCGUUGCUGGCGGGAGACCCCAUGUGGAUUUGGAUGCCUGGACCCUGGUGAGCUUGAUCGGACUGGACAUUGGGAGGAACUGCUGACUCUGUUAUAAGCUCUUUCCGAUUCUGCUCAAUUGUUUUACCAUCUGGUAGGCAUUUAAACCUAUGGGACCUGUCUCUUUUUUUUUUUUUUAAUGUGUUAGAAAUAAAACUUUUUAAAAGGCAAUAUUAUGCUAUGCACAUUUUUAUAUCUUUUACUGUAUAUGCUAAUCUGCCUUGGAGUUUUGAAUAAAGAAUUCUGCUGUAUGAAGGAGCUGAUAUCUAUGGGAUUUCUGAUUAUGCGACUAAAACCUCUUGUAUGAGGUAAAAUAAGAGGUAAUCUGACAACCAAAGGGGCAAGGAAAGGAGGUGAUCUCUCUCUUAUUGGUGUAUGGCCGUGGCUCUUGUGUGCUGAAGAGAUCUCAUUGGUGUAUUCUUUGCUUUUGAACCCUUUUGUAUAUGGGUUUUAUUUAAAAGUAAUUUCAUUACCAAAAGGGUUAUUCAGCAAAAAGGUGUAUACAUCUCUUCUAUUCAAGUGUGAUUACUACAAGGUGGUGGCAUCACUCAAUUAUUCUAUAUAAAACAAAUUACACUAUGAAAGAUCUCGUCUUUUUUCUGAGGAACAUAAGAACAUUUGAAGCGCUGAAACUUGGAUUCUCUUCAUAUACGGAUUUUUUCAGGACGGUGAUAUCCUAUUAUUCCUGGUUUAGCUGCACUGAGUGUUUGUGAGCGCAAAAAUGACCAUUGUAUAUUUCUUUAUUUCUGGAACUUGUUAAAAAAACUUUAAAUGACACAUGAAGAAUGGUGCUGGUACUGGGUACCUUUUGAAUAUCGGCAAAUUAAUAGCACUGUUGCUAAUAAGAAAGGAACUUGAUAAUAACAAUUAUUAUCUUAUAU